AUGAAGGCUAUAUUACUCUUUGAUACUGUUAACGACUUGAUAUUUUCUAAGUGGGAUGAUGAUUUUCUACAACGUAUGAAAUCGUUUAAUGGUCAGGAAAAAGAUGUAAACAUCACUGACAAUCACCACAUAUCUCAACUCCUGUCUCCAAUCAUCACCUCGCAGCGUGUGAUGGCAGCUCAGUUCAGUAAUACAUAUACUUCCAUGCAAUGUAAAGACAACACCACUAUUGUAUUUGAUGAGUUGCUGGACCAUGUGUUAAUGAUUAUUUGUGAAGACAGAGUAGAAGAUGCUCAAAGGGAGUUGAUGGACUGCAAAACUCUUGUACAACACAUAUGCGGGCAGAAUAUGAAUCUUUUACACUCUCAAGUGUAUCAAGAAUGGCUAUCUGUUUUAUUGGAAUCUCGUGGAAAAGGUGAUUCAAUCCCGGGUGCUAGUGGGGUCAUCGGUGAAAGUGGGGCCACGGCAGCUGCAUUGAGUGCCUUGAAGACCGUCUCCAAAGAAAUAAAAUGGUCACAUUCACAUUACCACCUACUAUUAUAUGUGGGGGACAAAAUGUUAGCUCUUUACUCCAGUCGUGGUUGUGAAGAUCUUUUGCCGCCCGAUUUGAUUCUGCUGAGCAUUCAGUGUAUAGCGGCCCAGGAGUAUUGGAGUGAACAACAAGACGAGGAGAAGAGCACACAUUGUGAUAAUAUUCAUCUACCAUGGUUGUCAACUGAGAAUAGCGCUAUAGUACACUUGAUAUCUCCCGCUGGUAAGGCUUGCGUCCCUCACUCAAUGCAUCUGGCACCCCUGGAUACAAGGAUUGUGUUUGUGGUUCUUAUUGAUAUGGAGAUGAGAGACAUUGGUGUGUCAGUGCAGAUGUCAAGUCAAAUAUUAUCAAAUCUAAGAAGGCUUUUAUUGCAAAGAAAUCUAGAAAUGCUUCCCAACACACUAGACUCAUUGGAACAAGCUUUGAAAAAGACAACAGAUGCUCUCCGUAAGAACAAAUCCAAUUCCACCUUAUGUGCUCGUCUUACAAGUAGGAUGUUGGAAUUGAGGAAAUCAUGUAAUACAACAACACCCCUGACUCCUGAAACAACAGCUACAGCCAUGCAUACAGCAUUAGAAGCUGUUAUAGAACAGCUUAAACCUGAUAUACCCAGCUUGAAAAUGACGCAGCCAUUAAAGGAGUUAAGAAACCUACUCUCGCCUUAUAUAGACUUCCUAAAAGUCAAGGCAAUGAGAUACUUCACACUGGAAUCUAUUCCCGAGGGCGGGUCCAUAACUCUUCACAAGUACGUGGAAGAGUUCCCGGGGCUGAUACACUUUAUAUACAUAGACCGCGGCACUGGAAGGUUCCUGGCUCCAGAUAUGGCGGACUGUGUAGACAUGUUGACUCCUAAUACGGUGAGCGAGAUCGUUUCCCGAGCUACAAGCGCUGUCCGCGAAGGUUACGGCGCGUGCGUGUGGCGCCGCGGGGCGCUGCAUGUAUGUGCUGUAAGAUGGUUUGAGAGGAAAGGCUCGAGCCUUCGCCCCUCUGCGCCGCCGCACCCCGCCGCUGUGCGAGCCCUGCCCCCGCCUGGGGACAUCUGCGGGGCAUUCUACAGACAGCUAGUGGAGCUCUCGUUCCCGGACCAGUCGUGUGUGUGUGUGAAGGAGCUGGUGUGCGUGCACGUGGGGCUGGUCCCGCCGGCGACCGCCGUGCAGCAGGCGCGGGCGCUGGCACACGCGGUCAUUGACCUGGCCGGAGACGAUCAUCAUCAUCUACUGUGA